GUCUCUGUGUUGCUCGGGUAUGAGUUUAGCCCAAGAGGGGGAGGUAAAGAGAGGGGAGUUGUACUGAGCAGUAUGAAGUAGUGAAGAAUAUAAGUGUAGUACGUAUCGGAGGGGGCAACGAGACACCAGAAGAAGGGAGCGAAGCUGAAGCCGCCGAACGGUCGAAAGCGCAUACCAUCCCAUAAUUCGGUGCGCCGCCCCGCAAUCAGGUUCGUUAAAAAACAAAGAUCUCAGGCGGCGGCGGAAGAUUUUCGUCAAGACUGAGAAGAACAAAUUUAUGUUUCGAUUUAUAAAUUUAUUAUUUUAAAAGUUUAUUUUUAAAAACUCGUUAAAAGACAUUUUUUACAAGACUUAGACAUGACUGUUUCCUUUUACUAAUUCAGCAAGUGAUUAAAACGCGUAGAAAGUGAUUAGAGUGAAGAGCAAAAAAAUCCAAGAAAAAAAAUAAAAAAAAUUUACUGAGUAAACGGAGUAAAAAAAAAGUAUACACGUAAAUAAAAUAAAUAAAAAAAGUGGUAUUUGUAGUUGAAGUGAGGUGCCAGUGCGCUUACAAUAGCACCUUUGGUACCCUCGGCCGUGGGUCCCGAGGGGGUGGACGCCAUGGCGGCCUCUUCGUCGUCCUCAAACAGCGAGCAACAGUAUUCGCUCAGAUGGAAUGACUUCCAUUCGAGCAUACUCAGCUCAUUUCGUCAUUUACGUGAUGAGGAGGAUUUUGUCGACGUAACACUCGCCUGCGACAGCAACAGUUUCACUGCACACAAAGUUGUAUUAUCUGCCUGCAGUCCUUACUUCCGAAGGCUUUUAAAGGCAAAUCCAUGUCAGCAUCCAAUAGUAAUACUCAGGGACGUCGCCUCGUCAGACAUGGAGUCAUUGUUAAGGUUCAUGUAUCACGGAGAAGUCCACGUAGGUCAGGAACAACUAGCAGCCUUUCUCAAAACCGCUCAGAUGCUUCAAGUAAGAGGACUCGCGGACGUAAAGAGCGGCACCGCAGGAGCUAAAAUUCCAUCUGGAUCUGAUGUACGGGAUCACACGGAAUCACCGGUGACGUCGCGAAACACGUGGCACGAACGAGGUGACCCAAGUGACAGCGGUCUAAGUCCGCCGCCAGAAAAAAGGUCCAAAAGUUAUUCACCUCCAGUGGGAAAUCAUCUCGAGCAACUAAAAGGCGGCGCUGCUGAUCUACAGGAAUCCCUAUUAGGACAAGCACUGGAAGGCGGACCCACGAUACACACACCCAAUAACGAUAUCAAGGCUCAAUCGAUUGGCGAAGAUUCAAAUUCCGGGUCUGAUAAUGACGAAGAUAUGUCCAAUAACGACAGUAUUCUCAAUUCAGUCAAGGCCGAACCCAAUGACAUUCUCAAUGACUCCAUGGAACAUCACCGUAGCACAUUCCCCGCGGCGCUUUUGGGACUUCAAGGAUUAAUGCCUGGACCUUCCGGAAUCCACGCUGCGAAUCAGGAUCCAAAUUACGUUGCAAGACGUGGUCUGGAUAUGAUGCGAGUGCGAGCGACAGAUCCACGUCCCUGUCCCAAGUGCGGCAAAAUAUACAGAUCUGCUCACACUUUGAGAACCCACUUGGAGGACAAGCACACGGUCUGUCCAGGAUAUCGUUGUGUCUUGUGCGGAACAGUCGCCAAAUCACGGAACUCAUUGCACUCUCACAUGUCACGUCAGCACCGCGGAAUCAGUACCAAGGACUUGCCAGUGCUACCAAUGCCGAGUCCAUUUGAUCCUGAGCUGGCCUCACGAUUACUAGCCAAAGCUGGUGUUAAAGUAAGUCCCGCAGAACUUCGUGCCCGUGCGAGUCCAACUGGUCCCCGUCGCAGUGACAUGCGUCUCGAGAUGCCACGAGGAGCUCCAUCAGAAGCAGGCAGCUCAAUAUGCGGAGGUGACGAUCCCGAAGACUUGACACUUCCUCUGAGUCUGAGGUACGGAUCGCCAACUCCAAACAACAACACAGUCAUCACCAAGAUAAAUCAUCAGAGCAAAGCAGCCACCGCGAUAGCAGCCAAGUCAGCAAUGGAAGGAUUGAUGCACGCACACAGCCGUGAACCGAACACCGCGCCGCUCCACACAACUGGUCAUCCAAUGACACCAAGCCAUCAACAAGCAUUACUGGACACUUACUUGCAGUACAUCGCCGAAAACAGUUCACUGUCUCACUUAUCGAUGGGAAUGGCCGCGGAUCCAGCCGCGAUGGCUGCCGUCCACGCUGCCAGGAUGGCACAGAUGAGUGCCUUGGACAAAUUAGGCAAUCGCGGUACCGUCGACGACUACCCGAUGAUCGGCCGUGAUGACGGAAGACCCGAUGUCGUCAUGGACGACCGGAACGACCACCAAGAUCGAGAUCGUGCUGCCGAGGACGAUGAUGCCGAUUCUUCUCACGCUGAAGACGACGACUACAGUGAUAAUGACGAACCGGAAGCUCUCAAAGCCGAGUAAAUACACGACUAACAGACAGUUUUAUCACAACUACAAUUACUACCAGCCAAUUAUCAUUUAUUUUAUUAUAUUAACUGUACGUACGUACUUUUUUAUACCAGUUUAAAAGGCUCUGCCAACAGGAUCCAUCCACUACCUCAUAGUUCAUAGACUUGUUGCUUAUUUUUUUUUGGUCAUUGCCAAGCAGUUUGUGUCUUACACAAAUGUACGAGUAUAGAAUAUACAUAUACAGUUUUUAAAAUGACGUUUUAAAAAUUUAAUUAAGGAAGAAUGAUCUCCGAGACAUUUAAAAAGAAAAAAAAAAAAAAAAGGUUUUAUGCUCGAUAAAAAGGUAUUUUGAUUUUUUAAAUACUUGAAUGUUACUAUGAAAAACUAUUCCAUCCGUCUACCUCAGUGCACAUAAUAGAACAAUAGGUACUAUAGAAUAAAACAAAAGUUUAAUUAAUUAAAUUCAUUAUUAUUUUAUUUUAAGAAUAUAUUUUUUCAAUAAGUAUUGCUUGCAAUUUUAAUUGCGAAUUAUCGUAAACACUUGAUUAAUUUUUUUUUAAUUGGGAUAGGGUUUUUUUUUAAUAAGCCGUCCGGGUACGUAAAUGACACUUUUUAUUAUUAUUAUUAUUAUUAAUUAUUAAUUAUUAAUAAUAAUAAAUAAUUAAAUGCGAGAUUAAUGUACUUUAAAAAAAAGGCAAAGUACUUAAGUUUUAUUUUCUUUGCCUUUGAUUUUAAUAUUAAUUAUUAUUAUUAAUUAAUAUUAUUAUAUAACUGUUGAUAAAUAUGUAUAGUUUCAUAUUUUUUUUUAGUUGUUAUACGUACGUAAAUUUAUUUACUAAAAAAAAUAAUUAAUUUUUAAAUAACGAACAAAAUCAAAAAAAAAAAUCAUUAUUUUUUUUUUUACUUUACGUGGCUCAAAAUAAUUUUUUAAACAACUUAUUAUUUAAUUGUCUAAUUACUUAAUAAUAAUAAUAAUAAUAAUUGUAAUAUCAUUUAAAUAAAAUAAUAAUCUCGCAAUUUAUUAUUUCAACUCGCGACAAACGUGAAUAAUUCUUGCCAUAUUAAAUAUGCGAUCGUAUUUACGAUUAUAAAUAUUUUUUAUUGAAUUAAAAUGUGGUAAUAAAUAAAUAAUUGAAUUUAAUUGAUAUACGCUUGUCGCUGAACGAAAAAUCACUAGGAUAAAUAUUAAAAUAAAUAUAUAUAUAUUAAAGUAUAAAAGUAUAAUAAAUAUGUAGAUAAAUAAUAAAUAAUAAUAGCGGAUCGUAUACAUUUUUAUUGAAAAUGUAUUUAAAAAUAUCAGUUAAUACUCGCGAGCGUUUAAAAAAAAUAAUAAACUUAUGCAAAGAUAUUGAAAUUUAAUUACAAGAUUAAUAAGUGUAGAAAAAAUUUUUAAAUAUAAUUAAUUAAUUAAUUAAGUUUAAAGAGAGAUAUGUAUACAAUACUCCGUAUACUAAUUUUAGAUGGUAAAUUUUAAUUACUGCUGGUUAAGAAAAAAAAAACGACCCAAUAAUUACCAGUGUUAUUUUUAAUCUAUAUAAAUAUUAUUAUUAUUAUUUUAUUUAAAAUCAGUACGUGCGGUCUCGUGAGGACGGAAAUUAAUUGACGAAAUGCCGUAAUAAACUCCGAGCUGUGGUUUUUUUUAUUUUUUAAAUUUAUUUUUGACAUUUUUAGUAAUAAUAAUAAUAAUACUAACGAGUAUACGAAAUUAUAUAUACAAUUAAUGUAUACGAUUUAAAAUUAUCAUAUUGAUGAAUAAUAGAAUGAAAAAUUAGUACAAAAUUUUGAGAUGAGAUUUAAAUUUUUAAAUAUUUAUAAUCCACAGCAGGAAAUUUAAAAAAAAAAACAGGAACGCUUUUAUAAAUAAUUAAAUUAAAAGGUAUUAAUUGCUCUCAUUAAUACUGCGAGGAAUUAAUUAAUAAAAUGAAAAUUUAGAUACGGUUAUAAAAAUAUGACAAUUGAUACCUUUUUAUAAAUAAGAAUAAUAAAUAAAUAAAUGAAACCAGGUCUUAUUCGGUACAAAAGAUACCAACUCUUGCCUUCAAAGCUCUCUAUCUAUUUUUAAUUAUCAAAAGUAAUAUUAAACCAAUAGCAAUUGUUGUAACUUGUAACAUUUAUUAAAAAUUAUAAACUUGCAGAGUACAAAUUUUCAUUGGAAACUUUUAACGGGUAGUUUAUUAAAAUUAUAAUAAAGUAUUUAACAGUGGAAUUAAUAAUAAUAUCGUACGAGACAUUUUCAAUAUAAAUAAAUAAUUAAAUAAAUAACAAGUACCGAUUAAAGUUUUACGAUAAUUAAUAAUAAAUAAUAAUCUACUAUAAAAAAUCAGGAGUGAAUUCGGAGUGAUUGCAGAUUUUUUUUCAUUCCCAAUCCGGAAGUUCCGGAGUCAAAAAAAAAUUUACUCCGCUUACGGAGUAAAAAAGUUUUUUUUUUUUCAGAAGAGAUUUGAAUUUUUUUUUUAAUUCGUAUUCUGAUUCGGAGUUUUAGUAUUACAGUAAAUUUCCCCCGGAGUAAAUUUACUCCGAGGGGAUUUCAUAAAUAAAAAAUCCACUCCGCAUUUACUCCGGAAUUUUUUACAGUGUAAUGUACCGUGAUUGAAUGAAAUAGUCGUAAUUAACUUGAAGUCAACGUUUUUUGUUACUGCAAUAUUUUUUUUUAAUUGAUUAUUGAUAAUUAAAUGAGGAUAAUAUAUACAUAUUUUUUUACAGACUUUAAACGUCACACCGGAGCAUAAUAAUAAUAUAUAUAAAUAGUUAUCAACUUUUCAUAGUCCGCAAUAGUCAAUCCAUAAUAUUUUUUAAUUCAUAUAUCAGUAUACAGUAUUGCAAUAGUUUUAUAUAUAUUUAUGUAGUUAAUUGUUUAAAAAAAAAAAAAAAUUAAACAAAUAAUUAACAACAGACUCAGGUACUUAUCAAACGCUCUUAAACAUAAAUAUAAAACUCAGGAAAUAAUAGACAGUGAUAUAUAUAGUAAUAUUAAUUGUCUCAGCCAUUUUUUUUUUAUAAAUAUAUAUAAACUUCAAUUUUUAUUUAUGAUAAAAAAAUAGUUAUCAAUAAUAAAUACUACACAGGAUUACCAGGGAUUAAAAUAGUUAAAAAAAAUAUAUAUUAAUAUAUCACCACAGCUACCUCCGUAAUAUAUAUUUUUAAAUCUAUAAACUUUUUUUUUACAAUCAAAUUAUGAAUGAAAUAAAAUUUUUACAGUCACAUAAAUAUAUCAAUUGUAUAAUAGAAUUUUUUAAAUAUAUAUUUACAACAAAAUAUAUAUAUAUAUAAAUAUACUGACACGCGAAAUACAACUUCCACUGAUAGUCAAUAAGAUCUUCCACUAAAUAAUCGAGUUAAUUUUUUUAAAAUUCACAACUCAGUCCGCCAAUUAAAAAUAAUUUGCAAUAAUUUCUUUACUUAAAUAUUUAUAAUUUUUUGAUAUUAAAAAAAAUUAUCCAAGGACUGAAGCGAAAUAAUUUUUUUAAAACUACUGCCAACUCGAUUAUUUUUUAAUUAAAUAAAAAAAAAAAAAAACAGUAAUAAUUAAUUCCAAAAUGACAAUGCAAUACAAUAUGUACUUACGUAUAUUUAUGUGUGACAAUUAUUCAUCGAAUAAUAAAAUAAUAAAACGUAAAUUUAAGAAUUUUCCGUACGGAACCGUGGGUGCGAAACAUCAUUUGAAUUUAUAAUUAAUUAUUAUUAUUAAAUUUAAAUAAUAAAUAUAUAUAAUAAUUGAGUGUGUAAAGAAAUUUAAAAACCAGUUAAGAUAUGCAAUUAGAAAAAUAAUCAUUUGCAUAAGAGUAAUUAUAAAUUAAUUUUAAUUAAUUGAUAAUAAGAAAAUUAAUAACAACAAAAAAAGAAAAACAUCAGCAACAAAAUAUGUAUAUAAGCUAUACGAUUAGGUAUUAAUACUUAUACUGAUUACGUGAUAUUUAUAUGAGAAAACAUAAUCAGGGAUAGGUAAUUAAAAUAAUCAUUU